AUGGAUACUAUUAUGCAAAUUGGUGGAUUUUCUAAUUUAUCUGAUUUGAUAAGAUUAAAUGAAAAGCAUAAUUAUCAUACUACUAAUACUACUAAUACUACUAUACAUAGUAACAAUAAUAAUAGUAAUAUGAUUGACUGUUCAAAUACUUCUGCUCCUGUUGUCACUUCAACACUACUGCCGAAUUUGCCAACAAUGACAAGCACAACACUGAAUCAUUUCCCUAUGUUCCCGGAAUGGAAUCGAAGAAGUAAUCUACAUCCAAUGAGACCUCAUCAACAGCAACCACAACAGAAGCCGGAGUUACAUCGAAUAAACGAGAAUAAACGAAAUGGUACGUCUGUUGACGAUAAUAUCAUGACUGUUGCUAACUCGAUGAUUAGUAAUACUACUAAUAGUCAUAGUAGUAGUAUGGACGAUGAACAUGUUGAAAUGAACAGCAAUAAAAUGGAUGAAGAUGAUGUUGACGACUACGAGCACGGGGGCGGCGGCGUCGGCUGCGGCGGCGUAAAUGCUGAUGCUGAUGAUGAUGGUGAGAUGGAGGCGGAGCAGGAGGGGGAGGAUGUUGACACAGAAAUGAAUGAGGAACAACAGUUCAAUAAACAUUUUAAUGAUCACAGCAUAGAUCAAUCAAUAAAUCCGAAUAAAUUCAUUGCAGAAAUGUAUCAAACGGCUAAUCGAAAGAAUAUUUCACAUUUCACUAAUAAUAAACCGACCAUAGCAACAACUACAACUUCUACAACUGCAACCCCAACAACCAUAGCAACCAGUCAUCCAUAUUCAUUUCAUCAAGAUAUGAAACGUAUUACAACAACUUAUCCUACUUCUAGUAAGUAA